GCGCCAGCAACUUUGACACACAAGGCCUGGAAAGAGAAGAACUUUAGGUUGUGGAGGGGGUCUUGUCCAGCUCAGGUUCCCUUUAACCCCUGGCAGACCUGGGGUGGAUGUGCCCCCCCCCCCCCUCCUGCAGACACAUGGCGCAUCGGCUACAGUUACGACUGCUGACAUGGGACGUGAAGGAUACGCUGCUCAGGCUCCGCCACCCCGUGGGAGAGGAAUAUGCCUCCAAGGCCCGGGCCCACGGGCUGGAGGUGGAGGCCGCCUCCCUGGGACAAGCCUUCAGGCAGGCGUACAGGGCUCAGAGCCUCAGCUUCCCCAACUAUGGCCUGAGCCAAGGCCUCACCUCCCACCGGUGGUGGGUGGAUGUGGUCUUACAGACCUUCUACCUAGCAGGUGUUCGAGAUGCCCAGGCUGUGACCCCCAUCGCUGACCAGCUGUACGAGGACUUCAGCAAGCCCUUCACCUGGCAGGUGUUGGAGGGGGCUGAGGCCACCCUGAGGGAGUGCCGAAAACGAGGUCUGAGGCUGGCAGUGGUCUCCAACUUUGACCAGCGUCUAGAGGACAUCCUGAUGGGUCUUGGCCUGAGGGAAUACUUUGACUUUGUGCUGACCUCUGAAGCUUCCGGUUGGCCCAAGCCCGACCCCCGAAUUUUCCGUGAGGCUUUGCGGCUUGCUCAAGUGGAACCGGCAAUGGCAGCCCAUAUUGGGGACAGUUAUCCCUGUGAUUAUAAGGGGGCGCGGGCUGUAGGUAUGCACAGCUUCCUGGUGGUCGGCCCAGAGCCUUUGGAAGCUGCCAUCAAAGACUCUGUAUCUCAAGAAUGCCUCCUCCCCUCACUGUCCCAUCUCCUGCCUGCCCUUGACCACCUGGAAGUCUCACCCCCGUAACUUUGAAUCUGAUGAGGGAAGUGGCUGGGCCCAGCAAACGCUGCAGAGAGCCCCUUCUUUCCUGAGAUCUGGCCUUUGCCCCUCUCCCUGCAGCGUCCAAAGGCACUGUGACUAUAAAGCAGUGAAAACAGGGCUUUUAGCCCUGCUCCAACCUGCUUCUGGUUGCUGAAGUUGUUCACACCUGUGUCUGUUUCCCCCCCCCCCCCCCCCACCUACAAGAUUCACCGAGAGCCCAACUAGCUUCAAAACCGGGCACUGUCGGGGCGCCUGGGUGGCUCGUUUGGUUAAGGACCAGCACUUGAUUUUGGCUCAAGUCAUGAUCUCACGGUCGGUGAGUUAGAGCCCCACCUUGGGCUCUGCACUGUCACUGCGGAGCCUGCUUCGGAUUCUCUCUGCCCCUCCUGUGCUCGUUCUCUCUCAAAAUAGUAAAAUAAACUUUUUAAAAAAUUAUAAAAAAACAAAACAAAACCAGGCACUGUCAAACUUUGUAUUAGCAGCAGGGCCCUUUUGUUACGGGAGAUCUUACUGGAACCCCAAUAUGCAAAACAGGAAAAGUGAGAAACUGCUAGAGCCGAAGCAGAUCCUAGAGCCCCUCAGUCGGGCCCUUGAAGCCUCAACUCCCUAGAAGUGGAAGUUCAGAGGAGCUUAGUUUGGAAAUUGGGGUGCUAAGCUCUGCUGUAGGGACAUGCCCUCUAGGACAUGCCUCUAGUGUCUGCAGGAUUUUAGACAAGGAGCACCAUAGUCAUGAGAAGAAACUUCAUUUCCGCUUGCCACGUGUUAGUCCUUUAUAUGCAUAUAGAACCCUCAGUAAAUAAAACACCCUCAAAGCUACCUGAUGGGCAGAGACAGUGUGACCUCCACUUUACAAAUGAGAAACCGAUUUAGAAGGAGCCUGCCUGAGGUCACAGGUAGUAUGUGAGAGAGCCAGGGUUCUGAUUUAGGCAUGCCUGACUCCAAAGCCCUUGGCUUGACCACCAAGUUGCAAGCAGAGAGCUGUGUUCCAUGGGACGUGGUGCAGUGGAGAUCCUGGUAGAACAGGGAAGAUUUUCUAGAGGUCAGUUUUGAAGGGCACUCCAGUUGUAGGUGUUCGCACUGGGGGCGAGGGGAGGACAGCACAGGGAACAGGGACUGGAGCUUGAGGUGACAGGAGUGUAGGAAACGGGGAGUCGUUGGAGACUGAAGGACGUAAGCUAGCUAGGUUUUGAAGAUUCCAUGUCUUAGGGGCGCGUGGGUAGCUCAGGUCAGUUAAGUGUCUUUGGCUCAGGUCAUGAUCUCGCAGUUUGUGAGUUAGAGCCCUGCUUGGGAUUCUCUCUCUGCCCCUUACCCACUCACAAUCUCUCUCUCUCAAAACUAAACAUUA